AUGCUUCUAGAAGCUUUCGGCGACUUCCAGAAAGGCCGAUGGACCCGCGCGGGACACAUUCAAAUUACGGAGGCGGGUGACAUCACCGCGCAGGCAGCGGAAGCCCGCCCGGCACAACUGGCAGGAAACCAGGCGAUCCCUUUGAGUAUUCAAGAGACGUCUCGUUCGCCCUUCACCUUACAAUGUCCGCCGAGGACUACGACCCUAGCGAUCGGCUAUUUGCAUAAGAACAAAAAAAGAACUCGACACAAAUAUGGCGGUGUACGCUCGGAGGACUUAGAAUAUUGUGCAUUC